ACCUUGAAGCGCAGGCCCGGCGGAAAAAAACGAGAGAGUGUCGCCUGCCUGGCGUUGCUAUGGAGACGCCUUUGCGCUUCGCUGGGCCUAGCCGCCUGGCUAGGGUCUCCCGCUACGUCUGCUUCAGUGCCUCCCACCGGCUACACAGCAACUUGCUGAGUGAUGAAGAAAAUAUGAAACUUUUUGGGAAAUGCAAUAACCCCAAUGGACAUGGACACAACUACAAAGUGGAAGUAACUGUGCGUGGAGAGAUUGAUCCUAUUACAGGGAUGGUGAUCAACCUCACUGAUCUGAAAGGCUACAUGGAGGAAGCUAUUAUGGAGCCUCUUGAUCACAAGAAUCUGGAUAAGGAUGUCUCCUAUUUUGCCAAUGUUGUAAGUACUACAGAGAAUGUUGCUGUAUUCAUCUGGGAAAACCUCCAGAAGUGCCUUCCUAAGGGGACUCUUUAUAAAGUCAAAGUAUACGAAACAGACAAGAAUGUUGUUGUUUACAAGGGAGAGGAGACUGUUCCUGAGAAAUGAAGACAUUCAUAUCUUGAUGCCUUUGAACUGGUGCUGGAGAAAGAACCCAAUCAGUCAGUGGAUUAAUGAACAUCAUCUGACAAGUGUAGCCAUCAGACAUAUAGACUGUCGUCUGUUUGUUAAAGAUAUUCUAUAAGAGAAGGGGAUAUUUUAUGCAGUUCUAUGCUGUUGGAAUUUGCUGCUGGUUUGAUGUUUUUAAGUCAAAGCGUCCCGUUUCCCCCCCCCCAAACAGUGAAGAAGAUAUAGUUUCUGUGUUCUUUUGUAUCUGUAUCCAUUUAGAUGGCACAAGAGAAGAUUCACGCCUUUUCAAAAUUCAGAGUUCUCACUCUGACUGGCAACAGAUUAUCAGUCAGAGGCAGAGAAGGUCUUUCCUUUCACGUGCCACCUGAUCCUUUUAUCUCAGGAGUGGGGAACCUCUGCCCUGCAGGCCCAGUACAGGCCCCAGUUUGGCCUGCAAGGCCAUUUUCCCCAAAUCAAGGCCACCUCUCCCACACGAUGUCAUACGUGGCAUCAGGCCUGGGGCAGUUAAGGACACAACUCCAAAGGAACAAUCGGGUGCUUAAUAUGAGCUCCUAAUUGCUGCUUGGCAAAUGGGGCUCAUUGACCCUGCCGAUCAAGUGAUUAGCACUGACAGCAAGCCCCACUGGGAUUGGCUGCACUAUGGAGCUUGUCGGGAACUGCGUAGUGCAAUCAAGAGGGUUUGCUGCUAGCUGGAGACGCUGUGGAUUAAACUUGGGGCCAUCUGCAUGUACUCCCCCAUUGAGUUGGCUGCGGUCUCUUCCCUUUACUCAUAUAUAAGAUUAUAAGAAGAGCCCUGUACCUGGAUCAGGCCCAGUGGCCUAUCUAGUCCAGUAUCCUGUUCUCACCGUGGGCAGCCAGAUAUCUAUGGAAUCCCGCUAGCAGGACCUGAGUGCACUCUCUCCUCCUGUGGUUUCCAGCUAUUCACAAGCAUGCUGCCUCCGACCAUGCAGGCAGAUAUAAGGGCCCCCACUUCAGAUCUGCCAUGAACUCAGAUCGUAACCUUCGGCAGGCCACCCUUUUUGGUGUCGGCCUUGUGAUAUGGGGAUAACUAUUUCCCUCUCUCUUACGGUAUUGUUGAAAGGACCACAGGGAUAAUGUGUGCAAAGUGUCGUGCUAUAUAAAAGUUAAUCAUUGUUGUUUUGUGCUGCUUCCACUGAGAUGUGACCAGUAGCCAUUAAAUGUUGUUUAAUUAGUGGAUUUUGAUUCUUCUCCCCCUCCGCUUCUUUUGGUAAAGAGAAAAUAAGAAAAGCCACAAAAGCGUAGUUGUGCCCAUUAACAUCGAUCUUCUCUGAUUUGUGUUGAACACCACCCAAAGAGCUUCAAAACUAAAUGGUAUGAUAAGAGUUUGAUAGAAUUAUUCAUGGUGUGGAGAAAGUGGACAGUGGACAACCUCUCGCAUAAUACUAGAGCCUACUCGGGUCAUCCAAUAAAGCCGAAUGUUGUAAGAUUCAGAACAGGCAAAAGAAAGUACCUGUGCAUGGUUAAACUAUGCAAUUUGCUCCCACAGGAGGCAGUGAUGGCCACCAGCUUGGAGGGCAAUGGUAAACCCCCUCUGAAUACUGCUUACCAUGAAAACCCUAUUCAUAGGGUCGACAUGAAGGCAGUACAUUUUCAAAAGAGGAGUAGGCAAAUUCAUGGAGGAUAAGGCUAUCAACGGCUACUGGCUGUGGUUGGUAAUUGAAUCUUAGUGAUCAGAGGCAUUAGGCCACAAUGACAAUUACCAGUCACUGGAGAACAACAGCAGGAUGGAGUUCUUGCUUUCACCCCCUGUUUGUGGCCCUCCCAUUGGGGCAUCUCUAUGUGGCCACUGUGAGAAAGAAGGUGCUCUGACCCAGCAGGGCUGCUCUGUUAUGUUCUUAGGCUUGCUUCCUGCUCAGAGUAACAAAUGGAUUGCCCUGUAAGAGGCUGCCUCUGCUUUGCCCACUUGGUCCCAUACCACGACUCGGGUCUGAGAGGUAUCUAUAACAAUGAUGUGCAAAAGGGUUUACUUGGAACUGUGGAAUUACCUGCAUAUAUUCCUGAAGCUUGUAAAUAUUCAUGAACAUGCCACUGAUGGGGUCGAUCUGUAAGGCAAGUUCAAACAACAACAAUUUAUUCAUUUUUGUUUCAGGUGUGUAUAUAUAGCUUCAUAU